AUACUCUCCACUCCAGCAAAUAUCCGAUAGAUAUCAUAGGAUAUGAAUUGAAGCAUAGAAAUAAAACUAAUUGGUUUGUAUUUUAGCGUGAAAUAAAACUAAAACCCUCUUUUCAUUUCUCUACUUCACUCUCUCCGCCUAAUCCUAAAACCUUAUCUCUUCUUUUCUUCUCUUCAUUCGCCAUGGAUUCUCAAACCCUAUCUUCUUCUUCCCAAUUUCACGAACCAAAUAACCUACUUAACGGUGUUAACGGUCACGGUUCCGAUUCCGAUGACGGUUUCGUUAGCGGUGAAGACGAAGCUGAGCCUUCCACGCCCAUUCUUGUUUACGAUGCCAAAUCCACCGUUCGAGAGAAAGAAGAAGAGUCUUUCGAUCAAGAGUCGCCGAGGCCUAUUGCUAAGGUGACCGCUGAUGAUGAAGACGAAGCGGAGGAGGAGGAGGAGGAUUCGCUGGGUGUUGUCGGUUUGGAGAAAGGCGGUGGUGAGAAAGAUGUUGAGGAAGAAGUGAAGGAGGAUGAGGUUUUUGUGGAGGCUGAUGAUAAGGGUUUUGAGAGUGUGGAUUCUGAAGGGGGUGAAGUUGUUGGAGAAGGAAUUAAUAACGGUUUACAGGAGAAAGGGGAUGGUGGAACAGGAAUUGAAGCUGUUCGUUCUGAUUCUGUGGUUGUGGAGUCGGUUUCUGGUGAUAAUUCUGGUGUUGGUGUUGUUGAGAAUGGUGAUGGGGUUGUUGAUGAUGAUGAGAAGUUUGCGAGUGGUGGGGAUGUUGUUGUUGAUAGCCUUCAAGUUAAUCCUUUGGUCGAUGGAGGUGUUGCUGUUGUUGGGGAUGGAGUGAAAGAUGAGGUUGUGGCUCCUGCUCCUGUUGUGAGUCUUGAUAAUAGUUUUGAAGCUAUUGAGAAGGUUGGUAGUGAAAGUGUUGUUGAUGAGGUUGGUAGUAAGGGUGAUGAAGUGGCUGUUGUUGAUGAAGUUGUUGGCGGGGAUGUUGAGUCUAGGAAGGUUGUUGACAGUGGAGUUGAAAUUGGAGUAGAUGAUAGUGUUGCACAUGAGCAAGUGAGUGACAUUGUUAAUGAGAAGGCUGGUGAUGUUUUUGUUGAUGAGAAUGUCGGUGGCGAUGCCAAGCCUGAUGAAGUUGUCGACAUUGGAGUUGAUGAUGGUGUUGCACAUAGGCAAGUGAGUGACAUUCCUUCUUCUGAGAAGGGUGGAGAAAUUUCAGAAGUUGUGACUCGGAGUUUGGAGCCUGCAGAAGAUGAGAUAAACAUAGAGAGCCGUGCUGUUGCAGGAGAAGAUGGGAGCAAUGUUGUUGAGGUGGAAGGUGGGAGCCAUGCUGGUAAUGUUGUUGUUAAGGAAGAGGAAAGCAAUGUUGUUGAGGUGGAAGAUGAGAGCCAUGUUGGUAAUGUCGUUGAAAAGGAAGAGGAAAGCAAUGUUGUUGAGGUGGAAGAUGAGAGCCAUGUUGGUAAUGUUGUUGAAAAGGAAGAGGAAAGCAAUGUUGUUGAGGUGGAAGGUGGGAGCCAUGUUGGUAAUGUUGUUGAAAAGGAAGAGGAAAGCAAUGUUGUCGAGGUGGAAGGUGGGAGCCAUGUUGAUAAUGUUGUUGAAAAGGAAGAGGAAAGCAUUGUUGUCGAGGUGGAAGGUGGGAGCCAUGUUGAUCAUGUUGUUGAAAAGGAAGAGGAAAGCAAUGUUGUUGAGGUGGAAAAUGAGAGACGUGUUGGUAAUGCUGUUGAGGGGGAAACCGAGAGCAAUGUUGACCGUGUUGCUGAGGUUGAAGAUGAGACCCAUCUUGAUAAUGCUGCUGUGGGGGAAUCCAAGAGCAAUUUUGAUCGUGUUGUCGAGGUUGAAGAUGAAACCCAUUUUGAUAAUGCUGCUAAGGGGGAAGCUGAGAGCAAUGUUGAUCGUGUUGUCGAGGUUGAAGAUAACACCCAUUUUGAUAAUGUUGCCAAGGGGGAAGCCGAGAGCAAUGUUGAUCGUGUUGUCGAGGUUGAAGAUGAUACGCAUUUUGCUACUGCUGUUGAGGAGGAAGCUGAUAGCAAUGUUGAUCGUGUGAUUGAGGUGGAUGAUAGUAGCAAUGUUGAGGCUGCUGUUGAUCAUCAUAUUGACAGAGAGAUUGAUGACUCGGUGUCGGAUACGAAGGAUGAAUCAAUGAUCUUUGGAGGCUCUGAUUCUGCCAAUAAAUACUUGGAAGAAUUGGAGAAGCAAAUUAGGGCCAGUGAGAGUUCACAGGAUGACAGAAUUGAUGGCCAGAUUGUUAGCGACUCAGAUGAAGAAGUUGUAUCUGACGAUGAAGGAGAUAGCAAAGAGCUCUUUGAUUCUGCUACUUUGGCUGCUCUCUUGAAAGCAGCAUCUGAAGCGGGGGGAGAAGAUGGUGGUGGUAUCACCUUAACUGCUCAAGAUGGAUCUAGGCUUUUUUCUGUCGAGCGUCCUGCUGGUUUGGGACCAUCUCUCCAGACAGGUAAACCUGCAGUACGUUCAAUUCGUCCAAAUCUUUUUGCUUCUUCCAUGAGUAGAGCAGGUAAUGUUGUUUCUGAAUCCGAUUUGAGUGAAGAAGAUAAGAAGAAACUGGAGAAAUUGCAGGAAAUUAGGAUAAAAUUCCUAAGAAUGAUUCAGAGACUAGGUUUUACUACUGAAGAAUCAAUAGCAGCACAGGUGUUGUAUCGUUUGACACUUGUUGCAGGGAGGCAAGCUGGUGAAAUCUUCAGCCUAGAUGCUGCAAAGGAGAGUGCUUCCCGGCUUGAAGCCGAGGAAAGAGACAAUUUUGCAUUUUCUUUAAAUAUAUUGGUUCUUGGAAAAACUGGUGUGGGAAAGAGUGCUACUAUUAAUUCAAUUUUCGGAGAAACCAAAACCAGCUUCAGUGCAUAUGGUCCUGCUACUACUUCUGUGACAGAAAUUGUUGGAAUGGUUGAUGGAGUGAAAAUAAGGGUCUUUGACACGCCAGGUUUGAAAUCUUCUGCUUUUGAGCAAAGUUACAACAGAAAAGUUUUGUCUACGGUGAAGAAAUUGACCAAAAAUUCUCCUCCUGAUAUUGUUCUAUAUGUGGACCGCCUCGACCUGCAAACUAGAGAUAUGAAUGAUUUGCCCAUGUUGAGAUCAGUUACUAGUGCCCUCGGUCCAGCAAUAUGGCGUAAUGUGAUUGUCACUCUGACUCAUGCUGCCUCUGCUCCUCCAGAUGGGCCAUCAGGUUCCCCACUAAGUUAUGAUGUAUUUGUUGCUCAAAGAUCUCAUAUUGUUCAACAAACCAUUGGACAGGCAGUUGGCGACCUGCGUCUUAUGAAUCCAAAUUUGAUGAAUCCAGUUUCACUAGUUGAAAACCAUCCUUCUUGUCGAAAAAAUAGAGAUGGCCAGAAGGUGCUUCCUAAUGGUCAAAGUUGGAGACCUCUGUUAUUGCUUUUAUGUUACUCAAUGAAGAUUCUCUCUGAGGCUACUAACACUUCAAAGGCUCAGGAAGCAGCUGAUAACCGCAGGCUGUUUGGUUUUAGAAGCCGCGCCCCACCACUUCCAUACUUGCUGUCUUGGUUGUUGCAGUCACGCGCCCACCCCAAACUCCCUGAUCAAGGUGGGAUUGAUAACGGUGAUUCUGAUAUUGAAAUGGUUGACUUAUCUGAUUCUGAUGGAGAGGAAGGUGAAGAUGAAUAUGACCAGCUCCCACCAUUUAAACCUCUAAAGAAGUCGCAGUUUGCUAAGCUUAAUGGAGAGCAGAAAAAGGCAUAUCUUGAGGAAUAUGAUUACCGAGUGAAACUUUUGCAGAAGAAGCAGUGGAGAGAGGAGUUGAAAAGGAUGAGAGACAUGAAGAAAAGAGGAGGUCAAAACUUUGAAAAUGAUAAUGGCUACAUGGAGGAAGAUGAAGAGAAUGGAAGUCCAGCUGCCGUGCAAGUUCCUCUGCCUGAUAUGGUGUUGCCACAGUCCUUUGAUAGUGACAGUCCAGCCUAUAGAUACCGUUUCUUAGAACCAAAUUCUCAGUUGCUGACAAGGCCGGUCUUAGACACUCAUAGUUGGGACCACGAUUGUGGUUACGACGGUGUGAACAUUGAAAACAGCAUGGCCAUUAUCAACAAGUUCCCGGCAGCAGUUACUGUUCAAGUAACAAAAGACAAGCAAGAUUUUAGCAUUCACUUGGAUUCAUCGGUUGCUGCCAAACAUGGAGAAAAUGGUUCAACCAUGGCAGGCUUUGACAUUCAGAACAUUGGAAAGCAGCUGGCAUACAUUGUUAGAGGUGAGACCAAGUUCAAGAAUUUCAAAAGAAAUAAAACUGCCGCUGGGGUGUCUGUGACAUUUUUGGGUGAAAAUGUGUCCACCGGUGUGAAACUUGAAGAUCAAAUAGCACUGGGGAAACGACUGGUAUUAGUGGGGAGCACCGGGACCGUGCGGUCUCAAAAUGAUUCUGCUUAUGGUGCCAAUGUUGAAGUGAGGCUUAGAGAGGCAGAUUUUCCAGUUGGUCAGGAUCAGUCUUCUUUGAGUCUUUCUCUGGUGCAGUGGAGAGGUGAUUUAGCCUUGGGAGCCAAUUUUCAGUCACAGAUUUCUCUUGGACGAAGCUAUAAGAUGGCGGUUCGAGCUGGAUUGAACAACAAGCUUAGCGGGCAGAUCACUGUGAGGACAAGCAGUUCUGACCAACUUCAGAUUGCCCUUAUUGCAAUUCUUCCAGUUGCCAGGGCUAUCUACAAGAACUUUUGGCCUGGUGUUACUGAGAGCUAUUCCCUCUAUUAAGCUCUUUUUGCUAAUCCUGCUAGUUAAGGAAGUAAACUAUGAGGUUUGAGUGAGGUGGUUUAUGUGAAUUAGGAAAAUGCGGCUUUGGAAUAGUGCUCCUUCCUUGUCAAAGUAUUGAUAUCUUAGCAAAUAAAGUGUUGAAAUAGGAAAUCAUCUGUAGCAAUGCUCAGGUUUGCUGAACUGAAUGAAGAGUCUCAGAAAAAGGUGUUACAGUUCACAACUUGAAAUUUUGAUUGUAGUUUCACUCAAUGACUAUUCAUAACAUUGUAGUAUGUUUUAAUUUCCCUUGGUUUCAAAAACCUAUUUGGCUCCUAGAAUUGCGGAGUUCAAUAUUAGUAUUAAUCACAGUUCUCUUAUUAUUUGCACA